GAGUAUGGGAGUAGAAAAACUUAACGACGGCACAGUUUGGUUGUGGAAAGGGUGGCGAGAAUUUAUGCAGCAUUACUCCAUUGGUCCCGGUCACCUCGUAGUUUUCAAAUAUAAAGGGAACUCCACUUUUCGUGUGAUGAUAUUCGAUAGGAGUGCUUCGGAGAUCAAUUAUUCUUUGAGCAGCAUAUCAAACCUCGGGAGUGGAUUUAUCUCGCCGAAGAGGGAGAAUGUCAUAGAAGUUGAAGAUUCGGAGGAUUUUGCUCCUUGUCAGAAGAAGAGGGUCGACCCACAUUCAUCAUGUUCUCAGCUGAGUCCAAGCUGCUCCUCACCAGAUCUCGAAGAAGGGAUCGGACAAUCUAGGUGCAGAGCUAGCCAUCCUGAGCGAAAUUUUGGUGGUCCUAUGAGUUCGUGGCCUCUCCGUAGUUUUGAAUUGGCCUGCGAAUUUGACUCGGAGUAUCCUUUUUUCAAGGUGGUGAUCCGGCCAUCUUAUAUUGAACAUCAUGUAGUGAAUGUUCCUCGUUGGUUCAUCAGGCAGCACAUUCAGCAAAUCAAGGAAAUCGUGACUCUCAGGCAUUCAAACAGAACAUGGCCGGUAAAGCUUAGGACUUAUCCCAGUGGGUCGAUGCAGUUCUCUUCUGGUUGGAUUGCAUUCGUGAGAGGAACUCACUUGCGUGUUGGAAAUGUUUGCGUGUUCGAGCUAAUUGAUAGAGAUGAUAUUGUGUUCAGAGUCUACAUUUUCAGCAGUGCAGGCAGGAACAACGAGUCUAAAUGCAGAAUGAACCGUUCUGAGCCAGUGUUUUGUGAUCCUACUCCUUCGAGGCCUCUCACUACUCCUGAAUUAGACGGUAAAUUUGAUUCGGAGCAUCCCUUCUUCGAACUGGUGAUACAACAGUCUCAUUUUAGGAAAAUGCAUGUUCCCGGUCGAUUUGUCAGGCAACAUAUUCAAGAAAACAAGAAAGAAGGAACUCUUAGGUAUUCAGACAGGUCCUGGCCGGUGAAGCUCUCAAGAUAUACGCGGGGAAUCCGAGUGUUCUUCUCUGCUGGUUGGCGAGCAUUUGCAAGAGAAACUCAUUUGUGUGAAGGAAAUGUCUGCGUGUUUGAGCUCAUUGAUAGGGAUGAUGUUGUGUUCAAAGUCUCCAUCUUCAGCAGUGGUGCGUUCUCUCUAGUCAAAUGGUUCCUGUUCGGCAGCAGAACUUCAGGCGACGAUGGCCUGGGCUUGGACAAUAGUUGGCGUCAGCUUCGUCCGAGGACGGAGUUUUCCAGCUGCGGUACCUAUGGUCGGCAAGCAACAGCAAGAGCCUGCGUGGCUUUGAUGAUGAUGGGGACAUUCGUGCCCCCCAUUACAAUCGGACCAUAUUCGAGACACGCUGUCCGUGCGUCCGAUAAGCUCAACCUGUCGUUCUAAGCUUAUUCAUCAGCAUGAAUCACCAGAGACGGGUUUCUGAGGCCACGGUUCUUCAUUUGAUCCUCGCUCGUGUCGAGAAAUUCCAUCUUCAAGUUAAGCUUACCCAUCGAAAUGCUAGCCAACUGUUUGUGAAAAUGCUCCAACGAAGUUGCGAAAUAUCUCUGAGGAAAAUCCGCUUGAAUCUGUAGAUGCGAAUGCUCAUCACACGUUAAAACCACAAUGGCAUCUUCAAUUCAUUUAUACUUCUCCUAUUUCGUGAAAUUUGAAUCUAAGACUGAGAGUAACUCGUGUGUUGUUUUGUUUUGUGCAUUGUUCUCAUGGUGGAUACUGGCGAGGAAAUGAACGGCAGACUCUUGAUGAACAUUGAUUUCUUACGAUCCUCGACUUAACUUUACUAGCAUGUUCCCGGUCAAUUUGCCAGGCGACAUAUUCAAGAAAACAAGAAAGAGGGAACUCUUAGGUAUUCAGACAGGUCGUGGCCGAUGAAGCUCUCAAGAUAUAUGCGGGAAAUCCAAGUGUUCUUCUCUGCUGGUUGGCCAGCAUUUUCAAGAAAAACUCAUUUGUGUAUAGGAAAUGUCUGCGUGUUUGAGCUCAUCGAUAGGGAUGAUGUUGUGUUCAAAGUCUCCAUCUUCAGCAGUGGUGGUAAGGAUCAGAUUCACAUUGAUUGAGGUGCUCAUCGGUUGUGUUAUUCUAGACUGUUCACGGUGUCAAUAUGAAUUCAAGAUUUCUAAUUAUGCCUCCUUUAUUCAGCUGUUGCGAGUUGAUGAAAAUGAGACUCAUUUCUGUUCAUGGUUUAUUAUUUCUUUGUACUAGUUUUUGUUCUAUAUUUCCAUUUUGGCAUCUCCCUCAAAUUUGGCGCUUCUUUAAGGUUUCUGGUUGC